AUCGAAAACCUACAAUCUCUUCUGAGUGGCGGACAAGCGAGAGACCAUCGGCGCCUUCUUCUUCGUCCUCAUCCCCCUCUCUUCCUCCUUAAUCUCAAUCCCCAACCCCGCCUCGAUAUUCCCACCCUCCUCUCUCUCUCUCUCUCUCUCUCUCUCUCUUCUAACUCACUCAUUUCCCAACGCUAAAUAAGCUUAUAAUAAUAAUAAAAAUCAAAUAACACAAUUUUUCUUUUCUUAAUACCGGGGGAGAGGUGCUCGCGCGCUCUCUCUCUCUCUCUCUCUCUCUCUGCGUACAACCCUCGAAGCGGGUGAGAGAUUCCACUACUAGCUUAAAAUUAAGAUUAAGAUUAAGAUUAAGAUGGCCGAAGCGAAGCCCAACCCACCUAGGCGAAUCCCGCAACCCGACGCUCCCAAUGGAGCAACAAUGGUGGCUCACCCUCACUCACCUCCUCCUCUUCUUCGUCGUCUUCUUCUUCGCUCCUCUUGCGCUCUCCCUCGACCCCCUCCUCUCCCCCAAGGGCGUUAACUACGAAGUGGCUGCUUUAAUGUCGGUGAAGAGCAAGAUGAGGGACGAGGCCAGAGUGAUGGGCGGGUGGGACAUCAACUCCGUGGACCCCUGCACCUGGUCCAUGGUCGGCUGCUCCUCCGAUGGCUUCGUCAUCUCCUUGGAGAUGGCGAGCAACGGCUUGUCGGGAACGCUUUCUCCGAGCAUCGGCAACCUCAGCCACCUUCAGACAAUGUUACUGCAGAACAACAAAUUAUCAGGCCCUAUUCCUCCUGAGAUUGGGAAAUUGUCCCAGCUCAAAACCCUUGAUCUUUCCGGUAACCAGUUUAUUGGCAAAAUCCCGAGUUCUUUGGGGCACUUGACUCAACUAGGUUACCUGCGUCUUAACGAGAAUAACCUAUCUGGUCAGAUACCUCAAGCUGUUGCCAAUCUUGCCGGUCUUAUAUUCUUAGACUUGUCGUCCAAUAAUCUGAGCGGUCCAAUUCCGAAGAUCCUCGCGAGUGACUAUCGUGUUGCGGGAAACAGGUUUCUUUGUAACUCCACCGUCUUGCAAGGUUGCUCAGAUGUUGCAUUAGCAGUUAACGAAACAAACACAUUUGACCAAACUAACAACCAUCAAUUAGCACUUGCCGUCUCUUUAAGCAUCGGGUGUACCAUAAUGAUCUCUGUGCUGCUUUUCGGAUGUUGGCUGCACUAUUGCAGAUGGCGUUUGCCUUUUGCUUCUGAUGAUCAAGAUUAUGAUUUCGAAAUGGGACAUUUGAGGCGGUUCUCAUUUCGUGAGCUUCAAAUCGCAACCAAUAAUUUUAAUUCAAAGAACAUAUUAGGUCAUGGUGGGUUUGGGAUUGUAUAUAAAGGCCAUCUAAGAAACGGGACUGUCGUGGCAGUUAAAAGGUUAAAAGAUCCAGACAUUACUGGGGAAGUCCAGUUCCAGACGGAAGUAGAGAUGAUUGGCUUGGCUUUGCACAGGAAUCUCUUACGCUUGUAUGGGUUUUGCAUGACAUCCAAUGAGAGAUUACUAGUAUAUCCUUUUAUGCCAAACGGGAGCGUUGCUGAUCGUUUAAGAGAUUGUCAUCUUGGGAGAUCAUAUCUAGAUUGGAACAAACGAAUGUGGAUAGCUCUUGGAGCAGCUAGGGGACUGUUGUAUUUGCAUGAACAAUGCAACCCUAAGAUCAUUCAUAGGGACGUUAAAGCAGCAAACAUAUUGCUCGAUGAAAGCUUUGAAGCAAUUGUUGGAGAUUUUGGGUUGGCAAAACUUUUAGAUCGACAUGAAUCACAUGUUACUACUGCAGUCCGGGGCACCAUUGGACAUAUCGCGCCUGAGUAUCUCUCUACUGGCCAGUCCUCGGAAAAGACAGAUGUGUAUGGAUUUGGUAUUCUAUUGUUGGAGUUGAUAACGGGACAAAAGACUUUGAAUAAUGGAAAUGGGAAAAUUCAGAAGGGAAUGAUCCUUGACUGGGUAAAGGAACUUCAUGAGGAAAAGAAACCCCAUAUGUUGGUUGACAAAGAUCUCAACGGUUCUUUCAAUACGGCCGAGCUGGAGACUGCAGCAGAAGUGGUUCUGCUGUGCACUCAGUCCAACCCUAGUUUACGGCCUAAGAUGUCAGAUGUUGUGAAGACACUAGAAGCUGUGAUCAGACCAUCAGAAUAUGCAGAAGAGUCGCAAGGUCGAGUGCUCUGUGGUGGGAGUUCGCAGAGCUUCUCUAGGAGGCUUGAGGAUACUAAUGAAGCUUCAUCCUUCAUAAUCGAAGCUAUUGAACUUUCAGGUCCAAGAUAACGAAUACCUAAAAUAUGUAUAGUAUUUAUAUUUUGUUUUGGAAACCAGAUAUCAUUGUGAUGAGAAGUAAUAGUUAGACGAGAAAAGAGAUGAUGUACGAGGUUUCGGCUCUUUUGGAGUAACUAUGUCUCGAUUGGCUCUCUAACUCUCUAAUGUUUGUAAUUAGGCUGUGAGCCUGUUAAAAUGUUUCACAUCCUAGGUGACUUUUGAUUAUGUAAAUUGUCUUUGAUUAUAUAGUUUUCUUAGAUGCUC